GUGGAGGUGUGGCUUGCACACUUUGCAAAAUGGCGUCUAGUGGUUCCAGAGGUAGGCCUGCUGGCAUCAAUUCUAUGGCUAUAGUAAGACUAUUCCGAUGUAUCACUGGACCUAAACUAAGGAGACUCUAUUAUCAAGGAUACAGGGACCAGGGUGUUCCAUACGAGCCGAAUAAAGCAGAAAGAUAUGCAGACAAUGUCAUACUGGCCGCUUAUCUCCUGUGUUCCUUUGCUUAUCACAUUUCACCAUUUUAUUUUGCCUACCAGCUAAUUAGACAUGGGAUGCCAUCAAUAACUGGAAUUUUAGGAACAUUUAAGAUGUUUGCGUUCGUUCCAAUAUCAUUUUCGCUUGCCUACAUUGUCAGAGGGUUCGGUCGAUUUAAGAAUGAGACUUAUAACAAUUUUCUCAUCUCACUCACGUCUGUCAGACAAUUCAGAGGAACCGUUGGACCAGCUGAAUCUCUCUCUCUCUCUCUCUCUCUCUUUCCAGAGACUCCUCUUUCUGAAGGACGUGCUAAGCUGCGUAAGAAGUACAACGCUAAUCGUGCCAAGCUCUUGUCUGUGGACGGUAACUGUAUUGAUAGUGUGUUUAUUGACAGGAGGGGAUCACCUGAUGCUAACGCUAAGGGAAACAAACUGGUUAUCUGUUGUGAAGGUAAUGCUGCUUAUUACGAGGUGGGGCUCCCUGAAAUACCACUGAUGGCUGGGUUUUCUGUGCUGGGUUGGAAUCAUCCUGGUUUCGCCGAAAGCACGGGCCUUCCGUUCCCCGAUCAAGAGUUUCACGCAAUUGACGUCGUCAUUCGCUACGCUGUCACUAGACUUGGUUUCGAAUUUAGCAAUAUCAUCAUCCUUGCAUGGUCUAUAGGAGGUUACACAGCAUCUUGUGCUGCAAUGAGUUACCCCGAUAUAGGGGGUGUGAUUUUAGAUGCAACUUUUGAUGAGUUGUUUCCGCUAGCUAAACAACGCAUUAGUCCAAUUUUUGAGAGUUUUACCCGUGGUAUGGUGGAUGAAUACUACAAUCUAAACAUAGCCCAACAGAUCAAGCACUAUAGUGGUCCGCUCCUUGUCGUUAGGAGGGAACUAGACGAAAUGAUGUCAAUAAACAGUGAUGUAGCUACUAACAGGGCAAACUACUUGCUAGUCCAGAUUCUACAGUCAAGGUAUCCUAAUUUAGUUUCUGCUGAGGCUUUAAGAGAGCUUUGGAAUUGGUUGAAAUGUGUCAGCGAAAGUUAUAGAAAUCAGUUAAUAGCCGAUGCUGGUGUUAAUUCCAGCCAGUGUAAAGCUAAAAUUGUAAAUUAUAUGUCUGUACAUGGUAGUGACUACCCUUGGCUUAUUGGAGAUGGAAUGACUGAAAGAGAAAAAAUACAACUGAUCCUUUUCCUGGCCACACAGUAUAUGUUGAAUCAUCGCUCCACUCACUGUCAGCCUUUACCUGUCGAUUAUCUGUUUUAUAUUCCGGAUAAGAAAGGAAAUCUCCGAGAAUAGUGGCCCCGUCUCGAACUUCUUACUGUCUAAUUAUUAUUGUUUAGUUAUUAUUGUUCUUAAUUUAUUGUUAUUAUUUUAUUAUUGAUGAUAAUUAAGAUCUACGACUCCAAUUUGUCUUCA